UCACCAGAUUUUUCCAGGGGGGGUUUGGAUAUCAGAACAGACACCUGUCGGAUGACAUGCACCCUGAGCAGACCAUGAUCUGAAGGCCCUACCAGGAGGCCACACACUUUCUUUCUUCCUUCCCUCCUUCCUUUUUUGUCAGUGGAGGAAGACGGGUGAGCCCAGCUGCCUCAGACAGGUGGCAGAAAGAGAGAGAGAGAGACUCUCUCACACACACUCAUCUUCAUACACCAAGACGAACAGCCACUGUUGUGCUCCUUUAACUGCCUGGAGAACAUUUGACCUCUGACCUCACCACACCCCCAACCUUGCCCUUCCACCCCUGCACGGCCAAUCACAGCAGCCAUGGGGAGGAAAAAGAUCCAGAUUCAGCGAAUCACAGACGAGCGUAACAGACAGGUGACCUUCACUAAACGGAAGUUUGGUCUGAUGAAGAAAGCCUACGAGCUCAGUGUGUUGUGUGACUGCGAGAUUGCCCUCAUUAUUUUCAAUCACUCAAACAAGCUCUUCCAGUAUGCCAGCACUGACAUGGACAAAGUGCUCCUCAAAUACACAGAGUACAACGAGCCACACGAAAGCAGGACCAACGCAGACAUCAUUGAGGCUCUGAACAAGAAAGAGCACCGUGAUUCGGAGAGCCCGGACCCCGAGGAGCCGUUCUCCCUCACACCUCGCACAGAGGAGAAGUACAAAAAGAUAGACGAGGAGUUUGAUAAAAUGAUGCAGAGCUAUAGGCUUUCAUCCACAGUGCCAGCGCCCACUUUCUCCAUGCCAGUCACAGUGCCGGUGUCCAAUCAGAGCCCGUUGCCAUUCAGCAAUCCAAGCAGUCUCGUCACCACUUCCUUCGUCACCUCGACCCUCACAGACCCACGCCUGCUUUCACCACAGCAGCCCCAGCUCCAGAGGAACACGGUUUCUCCAGGCCUGCCACAGAGACCCGCCAGCGCAGGUGCUCUUCUGGGUGGUGACCUCAACAAUUCAAAUGGAGCGUGCCCGAGCCCUGUGGCCAAUGGUUACGUCAGUGCCAGGGCCUCCCCAGGACUCCUCUCAGUCUCCAACGGCAACAGCAUGGGGAAAGUAGUCCAGGCUAAAUCUCCACCUCCGCCCAGCACUCAGAUGGCGAACAGCCGCAAACCGGACCUUCGGGUCAUCACCUCGCAGAGCAGCAAGGGCCUUAUGCAGCUGACAGAUGAAGAGCUGGAGUUGGUGAGUGAGAAUGCUCAGCGGUUAGGCACCUCUCAAGUGACCCAGCCUCUUACCACACCAGUGGUUUCCGUGGCAACGCCGAGCCUCCUAACUCCAUUCUCUAUGCCCACCGCCUACAACACAGAGUACCAGCUAACAAGUGCAGAUCUCACAGCCCUCCAGGCCUUUACGCCGUCGGGCGCACUGUUGCCAGGCAACAUGACCACUUGGCAACAGCAGCAGCAGCCAUCUGUAUCCCAGCAACCACAGCAGCAGCCAUCCGUAUCCCAGCAACAGACUCAGCAGCAGCAGCAACAACAACAACAGCCACAGCAGCUCACUCUGGCCUCACUCAGCAACCUUGUGCCCGUAGGAACAAUCCCUCAUGGAGCUACUCUGACGGUUAACACUAACCCCAGCAUCAGCAUCAAAUCCGAGCCAGUGUCUCCCAACCGGGACCGCAGCACCCCUAGUUCCACCGCCGGGGCAGUGGGUGGCGUUUCAGGCCUGACGGUGAGCCAGUAUCCAGGGACACUGCGUUUGGAGCCCACCGGCCGCUCUCCAGUUGACAGCAUCAGCAGUAACGGCAGCUCAUACGAGGGAAGCGAUCGAGACGACAGCGGCCAGCCUCGCCCUCCAGAUUUCUCCGGCCUAGGUCUUCUCCGAGCUACCGGAGACCAGCCGGCCCAAGCAGAGCAGCAGGAGUCAGCCAACGUGAAGCGUAUGAGACUGGACACCUGGGUCACAUAAACGCUGAAGGAAAGCGAGAGACAUCUGCUCUCUCACCCGCACAUACACACGCACGCACACCGACA